UGAUGCUCGGUGAUUGGCUCGUCGGUAGAAGAAGCGAUCGGAGCCCCCUGAAGGAGAGGAGUCUCUGUUCAGAAAACAUUACCCUAAAAAACAUGUGUGCGACACGUAAAUGUCAAGCGGAGCUUUAAGGUAUUGUAACACGAAGUUUGCGUAAGCGUAAAUUAUUUCUUAUUGAUAAAGAAAUACGGCCAAUCACGCGUACGGGAAAUGCGGUGCUAUGGCCGUGCCCGCUUUGCAUCAGAUGAUCGAUCGAUUUUUCUGUGAAUAGCAUUAUGCAAAUCCGUCUUUACGUGCGGUCUGCAGUAACUGAACUACACGACUCGCACCGAUCACACGUAUGCUCUAGUUUAGUGUGUCUCAUCUCGUUCUCGGAGGGCCGUUCGUGUCCACAUUCGCGUUUACGUGUCGGACCUUUUUUUUGCAAGCGAUAUUAGCGGUGAGCAGCUGGUAGCCGCAGCUGGCCGCAGCAUGUCUAUUGUCCAUAAAAUUACUUACUACCAACGCAAUUUAGAGACCUGCGGUGAUAACGAGGAUCGGAUAUUACAUUGCAUUUCAAAGCUAUAUAAGCUACCUGUGACAGUACAGCAUCUUCAACAGACAGGUGUAGGAAGAACUGUGAAUGGGUUGAGAAAAUACUAUGGUACUGUGGGUGAUGCCGCUAAGUCCCUGGUUUGCAAAUGGAAGAACAUGGUGAUAGACGAUGACGAAGAGUCUGUUGAGAAGGAAGAUGAGGAUGAAACUGGUGUAAUUGAUGCUCAUGCUGACACCACCGAAUCUCCAAAGCCAGAAAAUAUAGAAGAAAGUGAUUCUUCUAUAUCUUCUGAUCAAUCGUCAGAAUCAAAAUACACGCAUAAGGAGGACAAGAAUACAUUAACUAUGAAACAUAGUGUAGUGCAUGUGUCUAAGUCUAAGACUGAGGAAAAGCAAGAGAUGCAUGAAAAAAGUAGGCAUUCCUCCAAGCAUCAUUCGCAUAGUGAAAAAAGAUCUAAAGAAUCAAAAACCAGUAAAAGUAGUGUGAGUAAAGAAGUUCACAGCUCAAUGAAGCAUGGUAGUCAUAGCAAAAGUAAUGAUUCGAAAAAGACUAUUGAUAAAACUGUUCAGAUUAGUGAGGAUAAUAGAAAAAGAAAAACAAUCGACUCCAGUUCCCUAAUGAAGGAGAACAAGAAGAGGAAGUUGUCAGAUAGCAAAAGUGAUGAUGAAAAAUCUCAACUACCUGUUUUGGAACAUAAUCGUUCUCAUCUGAAAUCUUCUGGAAUUCAGAUAGAGGUGAAAAUUAAAGUAGAAGAUGAACAGUUCUUAACAACUGAUAACAAGCAAGAUAUUAAACAGGAGAAGUAUUUGCAGGGUAAAUCCAGAAGCAGUUCCAGUAAGCUUAAGUCCCAGGAAUCAAGUAGUAAAGCAAAGGACAGCAGUGAAAAACAAAAGAAUAAAAAAGAAGAGCAUACUAGUCAUAAAAAACAUGAUAUAAAAAAAGAUUCCAGUCAUCAUUCUAGCAAAGAAACUUCCAAAUCAAGAGUCAGUUCCUCUAGUAGUAAAGAUAUUAAAAACAAAGACAAGGAUAAAAGAAGGGAGCACAAGGAGGAUAAGAAUAAACGCGAGAAGAAAAAAGAGACAAGAAUUAAGUUAAUGCAGGAAAUAAACGGUGACGAAGGAAUAGAUUGCAAUUCUGGUGCAAGUUUUGCGGAAGCACUUGGCAUGUGUUCCAUGCCUCAGCCAUCGAAAAAGCGUCAAAGUAAUUUGUCCAAUACAACUUCUAGUAAAUCAAUUAAAACGGAACGGAUGUCGCCACCCGUUAACAGUAGAAAAAUGCCACCUGUGAAAAUAGAAUCAGAAUGCGACGAUAAUCCAAAUCCAUUAUCCCUUUUAGCACCGAAUGUAAAGUUGGAACCGUUGAAUGUAGAUUUGGCAUCUACAUUACCUGAAAUUAGUCCCAAUUACAAGCCACUGCCAUACAUUAAUCCUAUGCAACGCCGAGAAGAAGUCAAGCCUGUUGAGGAUAUUAUUUAUAUAUAUAAGAGUCAAAGGACAAAAGUGUAUUCUGGUAACAAAGUUGGUUACACAAGCGUGCCGACAUUAUAUGAAAUGUGCAUCAGGGUGUUGAUAGAAAAUAUCGAUGCACUCGAGUUUACUGGCGGUGUACCAUAUGAUAUAUUAAAGCCGAUUCUAGAACGUGCCACGCCUGAUCAAUUAUUUAUGUUAGAGCAUCACAAUCCAUACCUCAUAGAAGACACAGACAUAUUAUGGCAAUAUCAUUGUAAUAGAGAGUUCAGGAAUAAUGAGAGACAGGAAAUGGAGUCGUGGCGUGAAAUGUAUAUGCGCUGCUUGGACGAGAGAGAAGCGAAACUAAAAACACUCACCGCCAAUAUUAAGCAAUCUAUAGACAAAUCCGUCCCAGUGAGAUCCACUAAACUUGCUUAUGUGGAUAAUAUCGUGAAACCACCACGCAACGUAUUGAAAAAACAGGCAAAAUAUGGUACAGCCAAUGCCACCCCUGCUACUAUCUCCAGUGUAAAGAAAAAAUUAGCUGCCGGUGGUGCAACUAACAACGCGACAAAUAUUGCUGUACCACCACCGCCAAUGUCCCGGUUUAAAGCAUCAACAUCAAGUAGCAUGAAGAAGACAAAAGCACCACUUAUGGCAAAGGCGUUGCAGUUAAUAAAAGGUCGUUACAAACGGUAGUGGUAGCAGUAAUUUCACAAAUAUUUCGAAUUAUUAAUAAUUCAAUAAAUUGUAUAUUAUUUCUUAUAUUCAAUAUUUUAUAACAUGUUUUCCUGCCGCGUGAGGAGUAUGCGCCCUACUUUGAACUUUCAAGCCGUUUGAUAUUUUCAUUAUUACUUAAUAUUAUCACAAAAUAUUAGAUAAAUCAUGUAUUAAUGCUUAGAUAUAGUCAUGUGGGAAAGUUGCUACAUCUUUUUUUAAUAAUAAUAAAUUAUAAUUAUAU